AUGCCGAUGAUUUGCCAGUCCGAUAGCCGAGAGAAUCUCUGCAUCUAUGUUGCCACACAUCUGGAAGACGAACGUUCUCUGAAAUCGUCCGUGGUCGAUGUCACCGACCACAUGCGCACUUCCUCCAAGAAAAGUUCUGUCGUUUUUGGAUUCAUACCAACCCCGUGGAUUUCCUUCCAUCGUGGUAUGCUUCCGCAUCAAGCACCCCAGGUAUCGAUGUUUUCGCGUCUGUGCAAUUAUCUCGACGAUCUCGUCGACUAUUACCCAUGCUGGCUUUCCCUGGAUCAGGACCAGCUCCCGCAUGAGCUUCUGUCCCACACCGCCUCAUACAUCACGGAUCUCGAGAGCCUGAUCGCCUAUGCAGGUCUGUCCAUUCAGCUAAUAUCCGUCCUUGAUGAUCCCAAGCAUGACGACGACAGUGACCAUGAAAGAAUAUGUUCCGGUCACGGGAAAGAAAGCCGGUAUUCUGCGAGCUCCCGUGUCAUGGAAAACGGAGAGGAUACCGUCUUGCGACUUGAUGAGGAACACGCUAAAUGCCACGAUUUGGUUAGCGGCUUAUGUUGA